AUGGAGCAGAGCCCCAACAAUGGCACCAAAAAGGUCAAAUUACUCUGCAGCUACGGCGGCCAGAUCAAGUCCCGCCCCUCCGACCACCACCUCUCCUACCUCGGCGACACCAAAAUCGUCGCCGUCGACCGCGCCGUCAAAAUUCUCCCAAUUCUCCGCCAAGCUCAAAUCCCUCCUCUCCGACGCCGCCGAGAUAUCGUCAAAUACCAGCUCCCCGGCGAGGACCUCGACGCCCUAGUCUCUCUAAUCGACGACGACGACGUGGAGCACAUGAUUGAUAGAGUAGAGAACCAGCCAGCAUCGCCAGACCCCGCUCGAUCUCUUCCCGGUUCCUCCCGGUUCAGCAAUGGACCGGUGGUUCAUCGGGUACGGUUGCUGCGUAUGGCUAUUCGUAUGGGAACCGAGAGCAGUCCGUUUUACAAUUAA